UGCAGCUAUUAACUUGAUAUUACUUGCAAUUAAAUGCAUACUAUAUGAAACGUGAUAUAUAUAUAUAUAUAUAUAUAUGUUACACUAAAAGUGAUAUCAAUUAUGUUACGUGGCGGUUGUUACUUUUGAAUAUUACAAUUUUAUUUAUCAGUUAUAGUGAAUGAUGACUGAUUAGAAUUUAACAGAAAACUGAUCAAAUAACUAUCAAAGUCAUCCAUAUGUUUGUUGUUUACAUAAUCGAAUACAUUCGAAUUUCAACCGCCAAAUCAGUAGUUGAGUACAUUGGCACCAUGUCCACUUUACAUACAUGAAUAUUAUUAUAAAUAAUGAUACUUGGCCAUAGGAUAAGCACAGUGGGAUAAAGACAACUUAUAAAAAGAGAAAUUCGGCAUAGAGAGAGAAUUCUCAUCAUGAAGAAUUAGUGGUUAUAGAUACUUUUUAGUCUAUGUCUUGCAUAUAACCUAUAUUUUUUAUUGUGAACAUUGUAAUAAAGCCAGCACUUUAAUCUGUUGAGAAAAACUACGACGAUGAUAUCUUAAAUAUAUACCAUAAAAGUAAAUAAUAAUAAUAAUAAUAAAUAAUUUCUGAAUUGUAAGAAAUGACAGAUAAACAAAAGAUACUUAGCUGUGGUGAUGUAGAAGGACAUUUUAAAUUUCUAUUUACGAAAAUUGAAAAUAUUAACAAAAAAAAUGGACCAUUCGACUUUCUAUUAUGUGUUGGAAACUUCUUUGGUGAAAAUAAUAUAGAGCUUGAACCAUACAAAAAUGGUAUGAGAAAUAUUUCUGUUCCAACAUAUAUUAUUGGUCCAAAUAGGGAAACAGAUUUACAAUAUUACCCUGAUAUAGAUGGAUAUGAAAUUUGUCAAAAUUUAACUUACCUUGGUAGAAGAGGUUUAUAUAUUGCAACAUCAGGAUUAAAAAUUGCAUAUAUUAGUGGCAUUGAAAAUAAUACAACUGAAUCCAAAGCAAUCUGUUUCCAAAAGAAUGAUGUUAUAUCUAUAAAAAAUUCUUGUUUGAAAGGUCAACCAAGUUUUCGAGGAAUAGAUAUAUUAUUAUCCUCGCCAUGGCCUAAAGGCAUUACCGAUUUAGAUCCAAAUAAACCUGAUAUCAAAUUUCAAGGAUCUGAAUUAAUAGCUUGGUUGGCUGCUCAAAUAAAGCCAAGAUAUCAUAUUUCAGCAUUAGAAAAUAUUCAUUAUGAAAGACCACCUUAUAGAAAUCAUAGUCAAGAUGAAAGUGGUAUUGAAAUUGCAACUAGAUUUAUUGCUCUUGGAUCGGUAGGAAAUAAUGAAAAGAAGAAAUGGCUGUAUGCUUUGAACUUGACUCCUAUAGACAGAAUAAGAUUAUCUGAAUUAGUUAUGAAAACGACAGAUGAAACAUCUAGUCCUUAUUCAAAAUACCUGUUACAUGAUGAACCAGUGGAAACAAAAACUACACAAUUUUUUUAUGACAUGGAAUUUAAAUCUAACAAACGUUCGAAAAAUUCAGAUUAUUCUUACAAGAAGCUUAAGACAGAAUUUGAUCAAACAAAAUGUUGGUUUUGUUUAUCUAGUCCUGAAGUAUCUAAGCACUUAGUAAUUGCUGUUGGUACAGAAGUUUAUGUAGCACUUGCUAGAGGUGGAUUGGUUGAAGACCAUAUGUUAAUUUCGCCGAUAACACAUCAUCAGAGUUUAUCAGUUUUACCGCCAAAUAUUUUAAAAGAAAUGAAACUAUAUAAAGAGGCAAUAACAAAGUAUUUUGCAAGUAAAAAUCGAGUACCAGUAUUUUUUGAGAGAAAUUAUAAAACAUCUCACUGUCAAUUACAAGCUGUUCCAAUUCACAAAAAUCAAUCAUCUGUAGUUAAAGAAAUGUUUGAGGAAAUAGCAGAAUGUAAUAAUUUCAAAAUUGAUGAACUUCCACAUCACACAGACUUGCAACAAAUUGCAAAACCUGGUAUUCUGUACUUUUAUGUAGAGUUACCUGAUGGGCAAUCAUUGUACUAUAGAAUUAAGAAGGAUUUUCCAUUACACUUUGGUAGAGAAGUAUUGGCAUGCGAUAGAAUAUUAGAUGUUAAUCAUAGAUCAGAUUGGAGGGAUUGUCAAUUGGAUAAGAAUGAAGAAAGUGAAUUAGCAAAAAAGAUUAGAACACAAUUCAAACCAUAUGAUAUAGAUAAUUAAAAUAAUUUAUAUAUAUAUAUACAAAAUAUUUUUACAUUGUGAUACAAAUAAUAUGUUCACAAAUUUCAAUAAUUAUUAAAACGAUUAUUUGCCUCCUCUUAUUAUUUUAUAGUAUUUUUAAUUUGCAGAGGGAUAAAGAUUUAUCAAAAAUUAUAUUUUUAAUUCAUUAGUUUGAUAAUGAAGUUCAUACUCUGCUGGAGUUGCCAUGGGAUUUAGACCACACUGUUUCAUUUGUAUGGCAACAUCAAAUAAAUAAUCAUAACAUUCAGUCCUACAAAUCCCAUAAAAAAUAUUAUUUAUAGGUUUCGCUAUGUACUUUACAAAAGUAUGUAUAUGAAGUAAACGUAACUUACAUUGUUUUAGCUUGUUGCCAAGUAUCACCCCAAACAUAAACACCAUGUCUACGUACUAAAACUGCACAAGUUUCUGGAUAUUCAAUGAUUGCUUUAUCUAAUUCUUCUCUUAAAUCUUCUUCAAAAGGUGUAUUUUCUAUUAUAGGUACCACUAACUCUUCGUCAUAACGAUAAGCUCUUCCUAGCUUUUGAUUUCUUAUACCUAUGAAGAAAUAUAUUUGACUAAUGAAUACAUUCAUUCAUUGCUAUAUGGGAAUGAUCUUGCCACAAUAAAGUAACCAUCAAAGCGACUUUAGAAUGAGUAUGAAUGACUGCAUUAGCAUUUCUUCUAAGAUAUGCACACAUAAAUAGUGGAGUACAUUGUGAUUUUUUCAAUUUUUUCUCAGCUGGAGGUAGUUCUAAAUCUUUUCCAUUUAUAUCUUGAACAAAUAUAUCAUCUGCAUUUAUUCGUUCUUUUUGUACACCUGAUGGAGCUAUAUAGAUUUUGUCUCUGAAAUAAUGAUUUACAAACUCGUGCUUGAUGGAUAUACCCCCACCGGUACCAGUAACCCAUCCUAAAUGAUAAAAUUGCUGACAUAAUUCAGUAUAUACUAAAACUGAAAGAAUAUACAGCAACAAUACCUUUGACAAUUUCUCAUCAUUGGAAGUCAUGGUAAUAAGCUUGUAAUAUUAAUAGCAAUGGGACUGAAAUUCUUAUCAAUUACUACGGUAAUGAAUAAAAAAAUUUGAACGAU